AUGAGGACCGUGUGGACCCGGAAAGGGCUGAGAUGGCAGCAGCCAAACAUACACGAAAUCCUGGGCAUUGGCUUGCGCGCGUGGACCGAGCCAACGAGUGGGAAGGAAGACAUAGGUGUGACGCGCCUGUGGCGCAUCCUAGGAUCGGAAUCUGCCUACAUGGUCUGGAAGCUUAGAUGCGAAAGGACGAUAGGACACAGCGACCAAGACGGCUGGGAACACUCAGCCAGAACCGUCCGAAACAAAUGGGUGCACUCUAUAAACGCAAGACUAAUACUCGACAGAGCGAUGACACACAAGCGCUUCGGUCGAAGCGCCCUCAGUCAGGACGUCGCACUAAAAACAUGGCGGGGCACCCUCGAGAACGAGGAAGACCUAACAGAUGACUGGAUUAAAACACGGGUUUUAGUGGGUAUUGCACCGGGAAUUCCCCAGUGGGAUCCCGGAUGA